AUGUCCACCGCCAGCCUCCCCGGCUACACCCCGCCCGAUUUCUCGAGCAUCCCGUCCUACACCGCCGAGCCCCAAGGACACGAGCGCCGCCUCGCACAGGCGCCCCGCCCGCCGUACCGGCAGCGCGCCGCGGCGGAUUUCGUGAAGCACAGCAAGUCCGGGGGGCUCAGCCUAAGGCUCUCGGAGCAGAUGGACGGGGCGGUCGUGCCCGUGUACGGCGCGCGGAGUCCGAUCGAGGGCGUGGUCGAGCUCGCCAAGGCGGACGGGCUGGCGUACGUCGCGGUCAAGGUCGAGGGGAUACUGAAGCUGAAGGAGGUCGCGGCGGGGGGAACGACGACGGCGGUGCUGUGCAACGAGACGGUGCAUCUGUGGCGGAAGGGGGUCGACGGCGGGCCGUGUCCGUGUCGGCUGGCGUUCAGCGUGACGCUGCCGAGCUCGUUCGCGGACGAGAAGGGGACAUAUCCCCUGCCGCCGACGUACGAGGCGCACCUCAGCGGCCUGCCCGGCUUCCAGGCCCACGUCGACUACUCCGUCACCGCCAUCGCCAGCAAAAGCAAGACCGUCGUCCUCGGCCUCGGCGCAACCACCGUCUGCACCCCCUUCACAUACCAUCCCCGCUUCCGCCCCAGCACCCCUCUCCCCCCACCGAUGGCCCUCACACACAGGAGCCCCGGCCUCCAAGAGACGCCCCAAUGGCGCAUACACGAAAGCAAGCUCGUCUCGCGCUCACAAGGCGCGGGCGACAUCACCUGCAAGCUCUACCUCCCCAAGUCCUCAGUCUUCUGCCUCUCCGAGCCCAUCCCCUUCCACCUCUCCUUCGUUGCCUCCGCCAUGUCCCUCGCCGCCCUCCUGCCCUUCGUCCCCUCCGCAAAUCCCUACGCCUCGGGCCGCCCGUCUACCCGCAUCCAGCUCCUCCGCCAGACCAGCGUCGACGUCAAGAACGACUACGUGCCGGAGGGCACCAACACCGAGAUAUGGCGCGUGCUCAACAUCGGCGAGGGCUCCUUCUGGCGGACCGCAGACGGACCCGACUGGAUAUCAUUCGCCGGCGAGAUCGCGAUCAAGCCAGACGUCAAGAUCGGGGGUUUCAAAGCAGGCGGCCUAUGGGUCAAGGACUGCGUCGUGCUCUCGAUAACACCACCAGACGCGAUCAAGGGCCCCAUCGGCGACCUCCGGCACGUCGUCCCCGUGCGCAUCGUCACGGACCCGUGGUCCACCGACGGCGCCGUCUCGCGCGAAAGCCCGACCGGCUCCGAGGAGUUCAUGCUCGACCAGCCCGCGCUCGAGUAUCACGCGCAGUAG